GAAAAGAAUUUCGAUUGUCUGAUCACUUGCCGAUCAGGGUUACUGUUUUUUUUUUUGCUCAGACAAAAGAAGAUGCACACAGAUCAUUUCUUGAGGUGGCAGCCUCGCUGCGCCUUUUGCUUUUUCGUGCUACGAUAUUGUUCAGAAGAUAAACUGCGAUUUCACUUUUGUUGUAACUAAAGUUUCCAUGAUAUUGUUGGCGACCCAUUUCUUUUGAAUUCUAUUUCAGGCAGUAAAAAAUUGCCGACUAAAAUGUUGACCGAGGUGGAUACCAAAAACUUCGAGAAGAGCGAAAUCGAAACAUGAUCGAGAUUCUGAAUGAGUUCGACCCUCCCGUGCAACCUCGCACCAGCGACGAGGAACAAGAGGCGGCGCUUUUCUGCAAGCCCGUGCUACAAAGUGCCACUGCUAAAACGGCGGUGGUAAAACAGCUCCCACCCAGAACUUCUACUGCGCCGGGUGGGCCGCACAACAACGGGAGAUCGACGACGCCCCAAAAUUGUACCUUGCUGACAACUAGUACGACCACCUCCGCGGCCACGCGCGGCAAAGACGGUCGAGAUGAAGUCACUUUUCACCCGUCGAGUCCGACCCCUGUGACGACCGUCACAUCAGACGAGAAGAAAGCGCGGAUUGCGGCACUGACCAAGGAGCUGCUGCACCUGCUUGGGGAAGACCCCGACCGCGAGGGGCUGCAAAAGACCCCGGAGCGGGUGGCGAAGGCCUGGUUGGAGAUGACGAGCGGGUACCGGGAGAAUUUGGCCGAAAUUGUCAACGACGCGGUGCUACGCUUUGGGAAAGCUCUAAAGUGUAGUGGCGUUUUGACUCGUGACCGGACGUUGUGAGUUGUAAUUUUUGCAUACAGAAAGUUUGUAUGAUUUUGAACUACUUACUCGUUUAUUUGCUGCUAUAGCGGCCCGUCAUCGUCAAAAAAAAUGUUUUUUGUCGACGUGGACCGAAGAGCAGCGCCAGUUCUGGCUAUAAAGUUCGCUUCCUGUUUUAUGCUUUUUUUGUUUUCCACACGAGUUUACGCUCCCGAAGAAACUAGUACCUUCCAGACACUCAGAAUGCAAAGUGCUUUCCACUGCAUAGUCUUUCGAUCUCGAAGACCGUGUGGACGAAGAAGAAAAGCGAGGAGUUGUCCAGCAGAAGUACGACGGAAACGAUGACAACCAAGAUUUGCAGAACAAACUCCGCGACCAAAAAGUCAUCCAGGGGCGGAGGUGGUCUUCUGCGAUUGAGGAGGACCCAAUCAUGAAAGACGAGAGAGGAACCUUCAACCAUGCAGCCCGGAACUACCGGAGGUAUGAUCACGACAGAAGUCCUAGCCGAGACCAACUACCUGAUUCUUCUUUUUCAGCGCCGUCGGGCGGGAUGAACUACGGCGUCGCAACAAACAACUCCUGCUCCUCAAGAGUACUCUCCACCUCCGCCUCCUCGUCCGGCGGACCUUUCUCCGAGCAGAAAAGUCAACACAACAUGGUGGUCUUGACCGACAUCGCGGUGUCCUCCAUCUGCGAGCAUCAUCUUCUGCCCUUCACCGGGCGGGUCCACGUUGGGAUUCUGGUCCACGACAAGGUGUUGGGGUUGUCCAAGGUGCCCAAGAUCUGCGAGAUGUAUGCCAAGCGGCUACAGGUGCAGGAACGACUGACGAAAGACAUUGGCCUCGCGGUGGCCGAAGCGGUGGGUAGUCGCGGCGUUUUGAGAAAGCGCGCUCGUGCUGAAGCAGGAGCUGCAGUGGGUUCAUCUUCUUCCAUCAUCACGGGCACGGCCAAUGCUCUUUCCGACGCUUCAACAAAUAAAACGGGGGCGAAACUGACUGCACAGAGGGGAGGUGAAGCAGCCCAACAGCAGGCGCCACUUGACAACUUUGCUUUCAUCAAAAAGCAGGCGCUACAACAUCAGACUGCAUUUAGUCGCGAAACGGAGGAGAAAGAAAAGGACAAGGACGCCCGCAGUGAGCUUUCCGCAACUAGUGUGACAUCGAGCGUAGACUCGACCCGACCGCCGUCGACUAUGAAAGAAAUCAUUCCCCCGCUGGGAAGUCCUUAGUGAGGUGGGAACAGGACGAAGAAUGACUUGCAUAUGCAUGAUGAAAAUUCAUUAGAAAUGAUCGUCCCAGCUGCUUAAACGUAGCAGCAUAAGGAUUUGUUGCGAACUGGCUUUUUAGUUUUACACCUACCCUGGUGUCGAACUCGAACAGCAUGCAAUGAAGACGUUCUUGAUGAUGUUGCAAGAACAACAGCGCAAUACUAGAACGAAGUAGUCUUUCCACCUGUAGUCACAGUGAGGAUCUCCCUUCGCACCUCUCACUUCUAUAUCGACGAGUUGUGACGGAAGCGACCAGUUUUCCACGAAAGCCUCGCCCUCAGCUACGAGCCCGGAGGUGUUGAACGGAUCGCCCACAGUAGAAAGCGAAGAGGUGGAGUCCUCUUCUGCAGACAAGACUUCUAUCACAGAGGACAAGCGAGGUUUUGCUAAAGCGUAUCAGAUGACAUUUACUCGUGUCAUACACGAAAAACGCUCCAUAGCCCAUAGCAUUGCCGCUCCCCCAAUGCUAGCCCCCUCCCUCGAUGCUAGCAAGCUCAUGAUGAUGUACUGAACAAGGAGUGACUUUUCAGAAUUUUGCAGCAGGCGGGGGAUACUUAAAGGCUCCACCUUUUUGAAGAGCGGUUGUUCAUUGCACACGUUUUUGCAUGUUUCCCGUACUGCAGGGCAGAUGAGUCUACUUCGUUGGUAGUACGUUAGUGAAAACCUGGUGCGUAUUGACUGUGAUAAUUUCCUCCAACACGGGCGUCGCGGUCUUGUUCACGCAUGCGCUGCACACGUGCAUGUGCGCCCGAGGAGCAAAGGCGGUCACCUGUAUCAAAGUUGAGAACCUCCGUGCAAAAAGCCCGUCUCAUGGUCAUGUCGAUUCCGAACUAGGAUUAGGAAAUCGAAUGCAACUUCCCCUCCUUCGACCCGCGCUGCUUUGUUGCGAAACAACAGGUAUUGAACGAACGUAGUGCAGAACUUACUACCACAACAGAAAUGAGGAGUCAAAAUUGAUAAAAUCAAAUUCAAAGAAGUACAAGAAGGUUUUAUUUCGUUGGGUUUUCACUUUGAUAGGGUGCCGCACGUCAACCAGUUUUUACACCGGGCUCUUCGAAACCGACGCGAGCUUGCGAUAUCGAGAUUUGAAAAAUCCAAGAACCCCAGAGUGAGUACUGACAUUGCAGUCAUGCAUUACAAAUCUUUAUCUGAAGGCAAAUCCGCAUUACAAAUUGAGACCGGUACGUGCUGAGGCCCAGACUUUGAAACACGACGGCACGGUGAAGGUUAUAUUUUUAGCGUCGAGCAUACCCUCGGGGAAAACAGGGGGCCCCCGCCCUCCCGCCUCUCGCCCGCUCGGUAGCCUCCCCACAAGGGGGCCCCCGUCCCCGACUCCCGCCCUCCCGCCCGCAGGGGGGCCCCGCCUCCGUCUUUCACUGCCCACUUACAGGGGGCCCCCGCCUCCUUGAUCGCCCCCCCACACAACCUUUCGCCAGCUGGGCAUCGCGGGGCGCCGACCGCUGGUACCGCGCCUGCAGGGGGGCCCAUGCCUCCUUCUUUCACUUCCCGCGCCCCUGCAGGGGGGCCCCCGUCCCCGGCUCCCGCCCGCAGGGGGUAUCCUGCCUACAGGGGGCCCCCGCUUCCUUCUUUCACCGCUCACGCGCAGGGGGCCGACGCCCCCUUGCCCGUCCCCCCUCACACCCUUUCGCCCGUUGGGGGCCCGCCUGCAGGGGGGCCCCCCGGCUCCCGCCCUUCCGGCCGCUGGGUACCGCUCGUGCAGGGGGGCCCCCGCCUCCUUGCUUGCGCGCAGGAGGCCCCCCCGCCUCCUGCGGGCUGCCGGCCAAAAGCGGUCUCCUGCCCUCCCGCGGGGGGCCCCCGCGGCCCUUCUUGCCCACACGGGGGCUCCGCCUCCCUGCCGCCCCCGCCCGAAGGGGGCCCCCACUUCCGCCGUAUCAGGUCCGGAACGGGCCUCCGCCUUCUUAGUUACCUGCCUGAAAGGGGAAAGUUUGGUGGGGGCCCAUUGUCCUGCUCGUUUGGAUGUCCUGUUCGUUUGGAUGGUUGCUGCCUUGCUGGCCGACUCCGCCCGUUUUUCGCCGCGGGCACGCAAGGGGCCGCCCACUUGCGGCGCGCCCGGCUCUCGGGCCCCGCCCGCAUGGGUGGUUGGGGGGGGGGGAGUGUUGUGGGUUGCCCGCUGGUCCGCUAUGUAUCGCGAGGGGGUGGCGGAACUGGAGCUAUUGUGCCCGCGGGCCUCAACACGGACCUAACCAGUGCGGGGCUUGUGUGUGUUGGGCACAGCUAUUGCGCCCGCGGGCCUCACCACGGACCUAACCACUGCGCUGCCUGCUUCUGUUGGGCGGCUGGCCGGUCCCCUCGUUGGUGACUGUUCUGGAAGUGGUCCGCUCGUCCUCCCGGGGGGCCGCAACCGCACUGGGCGGGGCGCCCGCGCGCGGCGCCGACGGGCGUGAAAGCGUGCCCAGCAGUAGGGUUGUUGCGCAGGCUGAAGGGAAAGAGUGGGGCGUUGGCAAUAUUGUAUUGCGAAGGCGGGCUGGGUGAUUGGUUGCCAAUACGGCAGUUGUCAAGAUGGUUUGGUUGGUUGUCAAUACGCCAGAACGACAACUCCUUCGCGUGGCGUCAACAACGGGCGCGGGGCAAAUCCAAACCCCACCCGAAACAAGGAGCCGCCCGCGUGGAGGACACGCAUGCAGGAUUUUAGCUCCCUAGCUACCACAAACUGUAGCCACCGCUCUUGUAGCGUAUCGCAAUUCCCAGCGCCAUACGAUUUUACGCACAGGGCUUGUCUUGUUUCGGGUGGGGUUUGGAUUUGCCCCGCGCCCGUUGUUGGCGCCACGCGAAGGAGUUGUCGUUCUGGCGUAUUGACAACCAACCACGACAGUAUGUAUAUGGCGCACAGUGACAACCACAAGAACCCGAGAGACAUUCCGCGCGACAGGCAAAGACCAGCAGUGCGGUGGGGAAUACUGCCCGCAUGCGCCGCCGCGCGCACUACGCGCGCGGGAAGAUAUUGACUGCAGACGCUGGCGCCACCAUGUGCCAGGGCACGCAGUGCGCUGAGCAGUCGGCGCCGUGCUGUUAGGACGUGCGGACUCCGACCCGCGUCGGCGAGGGCAGCCAAGGUAAAAGUAGACACGCGCGCGGGCGAUAAGCGGAAACACUGCCCACAUGUGCCGCGGUGCGGGUCGCGAUUCCCAAACGUUGCGGUCGCGACCGACAAACCACGGAAACCGACUCCGGUCGAAAGCCGGCGCGUACCAUCGCGAUUCGAGAUAAAACCGCAGCGCUUGUUCCGAUUUGUGUCACGGCGAGACACAUCGUGAAAAAAAGGCCGUGCCGUCGUGAUUCGGCUGCGCGACUUGUGCGAAAUAUCGCGGAAAACCAGGAAAAAGCAACUCCGCAAACAGGGCCCGUAGUAGCGCGAUUCGCGACACAAGUGUUAGGCUUUUGCGCGAUUUUUUGCACGGUGCAAAAACUCGUGCAAAAGAGGUCCUACCAUCGCGAUUAGCAUAGAAAACAAAGCAACUUUUGCACGAUUUUCACCAGUUUCACGACAAAUCCCGGGAUUCGGGAAAUCCCGGGAUUCCGGAAAGGCGUGAGUAAAAGACAAAAGCAAAAACCAGAAGACUUUGAAGGGCCAACCCGCAUGGUAUGGCGCGCGUAGGCUACUGAGAUCCUUAUAAUUUCGCAGUGUAACAAAAGCCGUUCCACGAGGGCACCGCGCCCGGGUAUAUACGCAAGGUUUGACCCCAAUCACGAUGGUAGUGCAAAUAAUUCUGGGCCUCAGCGCGUACCGUUCUGUACAAAUUUUAUUUUUCAUGUUGAGGAAAUUUGUCAUCACAAAUCCAUUGCAGCGUCGCAGCAGGACCUGUCGGGACAAAUUAUUUUGCAGAAAUAUAUACAAUCAACAGAUCUACUUCCUUUCAUUGAGUCUGGGGGACUGGGUUUUUUCCUCAUGAUACGCGAGCCGAGUUUCUCUGGAUGGUGCAGUUGCAGCUGCUGCGCUGAAAAUCAUGUGUCACGAGACAAUAUUGCUGCUAUACAGCAGGUGGCACUGCAGCUGUGGUGGAGUCCCGGCUACAAUAAAAAUGGUCGUGCCAUAGCCAUCAAACCAAAGUUUUGAAAAGCGACACGGAAAGAAAAAGGAGCAGCACGACGUGCA